AUGGCCAAGCCGUCUCUCACAGAGCUCCCCGAGGAAAAGCCGUCGGGCCUCCACAGAACGCUCUCGGUCGAAAUGAUCGGGCCAACCUUGACUCUGUUUUUCCGCAAACGAAAGAGAGAAGAGUCGCCGCUGGAGUCUGCCGACCAAUCAGAGGACGCCAACGACGACGACUCCGCCGCCGAAAGCGGGCUGGACCCCCAAGGCAAGCGCCGCCGCAUCAAGACGCAACAACAGGAAGAGUUCGAUGCGCGCGAAAAGGAGCUAGAUGCGGAGCUUCCCGAGGAGUACCGGAAGUUCCGGCCCAAGGGGUUCAAGUUCAACAUUCCGCCCACAGACCGGCCGAUCCGCAUCUAUGCCGACGGUGUGUUUGACUUGUUCCAUUUGGGCCACAUGCGGCAGUUGGAGCAGGCCAAGAAGUCGUUUCCCAACGUCGAGUUGGUGUGCGGUGUGCCGGCCGAUACGGAAACGCAGGCACGCAAGGGUUUGACCGUUUUGUCCGAUAAACAACGUGUGGAGACGCUUAAACAUUGCAGAUGGGUGGACGAGGUGAUCCCCAAUGCGCCGUGGUGCGUCACCACGGAGUUCUUGUUGGAGCACCGCAUCGACUACGUGGCCCACGACGAUUUGCCUUACGCCUCUGCUGGCUCAGAUGACAUCUACAAGCCCAUCAAGGAGAAUGGGAUGUUUCUCACCACACAACGGACAGAGGGCAUUUCCACGUCCGACAUCAUCACCAAGAUCAUUCGCGAUUACGACAAGUACUUGAUGCGCAACCUUGCGCGUGGUGCCACCCGGAAGGAGUUGAAUGUCAGCUGGCUCAAGAAGAACGAGCUCGAGUUCAAGAAGCAUAUGAGCGGGUUCCGCGGCUACUGGAUGAAAAACAGGAACAACUUCAACAACGUGUCCAAGGACUUGUACUUCGAGAUCCGCGAAUACUUGCGCGGCAAGAAGAACGAGCUCAAUGCCAACAGCAGCAGUAACAGUAGUCUUGUCAACGAUAGCGACACCGAUGGAAGCUCCCGCGCGGCCAGUCCUUUGACGGACUUUGCGUCGCGGUAUAUCAUCAACAAGAACGACCGGCCCAACAACCGGUCCAUUUUCGGCAACUUCAAGGACUGGAUAGGAAUUGACGACUCACACGACGAAGAGUCUGCCAGCGAGGACGUGCUGAGCGUGCGUCUGGACUCUGGAUUGCUGCUCAAUUCCAAGGGAUCCAGAGGCAAAGUGGAACUCAAGGCUCUGAGCGCCAAGAAGUCGAAGCGGAAGGCCGAGUAA